CGCUCCCGAAGCAGAAUGUUUGCCGAAAUUGCAAGGAGCUCAUAUAUAGCUUUCUCACGUGUACUUGGUAGGCGUUUGUUUCAACCAACUUGUGCGGCGUCAGCAAAACAGUUGUGCUCCAGCUAUAGAUUUAUUCAAGCCCAAAGUUUACGGAAAAAAUCUGAAAAAAUGCCGAUGUUUGAAACAAUUGCUAAAGGCAACAUAAACUCGCCGGACUAUGCCCUUUAUUUCAAAAACAACUGCGGCAAUGUCAUUUCGCCAAUGCACGAUAUUCCGUUAUACGCCAACGAUGACAAGACCAUCUAUAACAUGGUCGUGGAGGUGCCACGUUGGACAAACGCCAAGAUGGAGAUUAGCUUGAAAACGCCUUUGAAUCCCAUUAAGCAGGACAUUAAGAAGGGUAAACUGCGUUUUGUCGCUAAUUGCUUUCCACACAAAGGCUACAUUUGGAACUAUGGCGCUCUGCCACAGACCUGGGAGAAUCCCAACCACAUUGAACCCUCCACUGGCUGUAAGGGCGACAAUGAUCCCAUCGAUGUUAUCGAAAUCGGCUAUCGUGUGGCCAAACGCGGCGAAGUGCUGCAAGUUAAGGUUCUCGGCGCCAUUGCACUGAUCGAUGAGGGCGAAACCGAUUGGAAGAUCAUUGCGAUCGAUGUGAAGGAUCCGUUGGCAACGAAGCUCAACGAUGUAUCCGAUAUAGAUCAAUAUUUCCCGGGUCUAUUGCGCGCCACCGUUGAGUGGUUUAAGAUCUACAAAAUACCCGAUGGCAAGCCAGAGAAUCAAUUUGCAUUCAAUGGUGAUGCAAAGAACUCGGACUUUGCCACCUCGAUCAUUGCAGAGACACACAAGUUCUGGCAAUCAUUGAUCAAUCAAUCCAAUGUGGGCGCACCCGAUAUCGCCUGUCAAAACAUUACCAAUCGCAAUUCCGAAUUCGUCAUUGGCAAGGAGGAAUCAUUGAAGAUUCUUCAAGAGGCUCCCGAUGGAGGGGAAGUGGAGGAGGUACUUGAUACAGUCGACACUUGGCAUUUCAUACAUCUCAAGUAAAUUGCAGAAUUGUCCAAGAAUUAAAAUCGGAAUGAUGUAAAACUUUGAUAUUG